AUGAAUAUAGAAGUUUUAUGUCCAGAACACAAUGAAUAUAUCAUUUAACUUGAUGUAGAAGAAAAUAUUGAUUUGGGAAGGAGAACUUUAUGUGUAGAAUGUUAAGGUAAAAAGCCUAUUAGUUUAAAAUAAAGUUUUGACAGAUUAAAUGCAUUUUAUUAGGAAUAAUAAAAUAAUAAAGAUGCUUUACCAUAUGUUCUUAUAAAACAAUUAGAAAAUUUAAGGAAAACUUUGGUCUAAGAAAUUAAUUCAGUCAUAGCAUCAAUUUAAAUAGAAAUUAAUUAAAGAGUUAAUCCUUUAUAAGAUAAUUAUAGUAUAGUUGGUUUAUCAUAACUUCAAAUUUUAGGAGAAAGAUUAAGCUCAUUAACAAGCUUUUAGGAGAAGUUUUUGUAAAAGUCUAUAGUUAACUUAAAAUAAUAAUUAUAUUAAAUUUUAGAUAAGUUUUUUAAUGAGUAACCUUAAAAGGGAUUAUUAGAGAAAUAGAUGUUAUAAGUUAAAGGGAAUAAUACUUAAGAAGAAGGAAAGAUUAUUAAUUCAUAUUAUAAAAAGAUAAAUGAAGUCAAUAUGGAAGAUACAUGUUAAGCAAUAGCAUUUAAUCAAAAUGGAAAUGUUAUGAUAACAACUUCUAAGAAUGAUAUUAUUGUUUGGGAAUUUUAGAAGGGAAUGUUGAAUUAAUAAAGGAUUCUAAAGGAACAUAGUAGUGAGGUAGUUUGUUUGUGUGUUAGUAGGAAAUAAAACUUUUUUUUUUCUGGAAGCACAGAUUCACAAAUUGUUGUUUGGUAUUUAUGGAAGGCUGUAGCUAAAUUAAAUGAACAUAAAGGUAGAAUUAAUUGUUUAGUAUUAUGGAAAAAUGAAGAAACUAUGAUUUCAAGUAGUGAUGAUGGAACAAUAAGAGUUUGGAAUUAUAUUAGAUCAGAAUGGAGAAGUGGUUAAGUGAUGAGAAAUCACAAAGGUGCAGUAUAUUAGAUAUCAUUAAAUGAUAUGAACAAUAUGUUAAUAUCAACAAGUCAAGAUACAACAAUAAUCAUUUGGGAAAUUAAAGAGAAUCAAUAAUGGUAUUAAAAAUAUUUACUCUCUUAAAAUGUAUAUGGUAAGAAAGUGUGUUUUAUAUAUAAUUGUAAAUUUGUUUGGAUACCAUAUAAUACAAAUUCUAUUUAAAUAUAUGAAAUUGGUCAAAAAUAAUUAAAUAAAUUAACAGAAAUGAAUUUAGAAGACAAUGGAUCUGAUAAUUAAUUUAAUCCUUUGAUUUACAAUAGAACAAAAAAUAUCUUAAUUUAAAAAUAAUUAAAUAAAAUUACAAUCAUAAAUAAACCAACGAGUUCAUUAAAUGUGUUAUAAUAAAUAGAUUUUAAGGAUGAUCAAUUUUCUAUUGAAAUGACAGAUGAGGGUAAUUAUCUGAUUUAUGGAGGCAAUAACAAAUUUAUAAUUUAUUAAUUAAAUGAAUGA